UAAGAAACUAAACGAAUUUAACCAAUCAUUAGCUACUGCUCAUCUCUCUCUCUCUCUAGCUUUUCUUGUGUAUACAGAUACAGAUCUUCAUUUCUCUUGGCUCUUCUUCCACGGCUGCGACUCAUAUGGCCCCUUUUAAUGGCUACCGGCAUUUUUCAAAAUUCUUUUAAUCGGAGGAAUAGAGUAUAUUAAUUCACAAGCAUCUUGUUGUUUCUGCGUUUACUCAUCUCGGCUUCAGAAAAUAAAUGGAAGAAUUGGUAUGCCAUUUGAUUUAAGAAAAAAAAAUUCAAAGUUGUGGAGCCAUAAGAGGAUAAGUUAUCUAAAUUCAGAGAUUUCACAAUCUAUGAAACAAGUUCGUUUCCAUGACGCGCCGGUCAGCGGCGGUGGCCAAAGUCAGAAUGGAAAGUUUAGCUAUGGCUAUGCAAGUUCUCAAGGUAAAAGGUCUUCAAUGGAGGAUUUUUAUGAGACAAGGAUUGACGGUGUAGAUGGGAAAGUGGUUGGUCUCUUUGGUGUCUUUGAUGGUCAUGGGGGAGCCAGAGUUGCAGAAUAUGUCAAGCAAAAUCUUUUCAGUAAUCUGAUCAAGCACCCAAAGUUUAUUUCUGAUACCAGAUCAGCUAUAGCUGAUGCAUAUAGUCAUACAGACUCGGAACUCCUGAAAUCCGAAAACAAUGAGAUCAAGGAUGCUGGGUCAACAGCUUCUACUGCCAUCCUCGUUGGUGACCGUCUGUUGGUGGCAAAUGUUGGGGAUUCAAGGGCUGUUAUUUGCAGGGGUGGUACUGCAAUUCCCGUCUCUCGAGAUCACAAACCCAAUCAAACGGAUGAGAGGCGACGGAUUGAAGAUGCUGGAGGUUUUGUGAUGUGGGCAGGAACUUGGAGAGUCGGAGGCGUGCUCGCUGUAUCUCGUGCAUUUGGCGAUAGACUGCUGAAACAGUACGUAGUAGCUGAUCCAGAGAUUCAGGAGGAAAAAGUCGAUAACACUCUGGAGUUUCUUGUCCUUGCAAGCGAUGGACUUUGGGAUGUAGUGUCAAACGAGGAAGCAGUUUCGAUGAGCAAGGCAAUCUUAGAUCCAGAAGAAGCAGCGAAGAAGCUGCUGCAGGAAGCAGAUCAGAGAGGCAGUGCUGAUAAUAUCACAGUUGUCGUCGUUAGAUUUUUGGCGAAACAAGAAGAAUCCAACAAAACCACCUCUGCUUGAAGAUAUUAAACAAGAAGCCGGUAGAAAGAUAAGGGAAAAUACACAUUGUUUAAAUUUGCUUUUUAAUUUUUCUCAAAUUUGGUACACACGUUUUGACAUUUUUUUAAGGGAUAAUUGCGUCAAAAUACACGAACUUUCAUACUUUUCUGAUUUUGCACAUGAACUUAAAAUUCUACCUCUAAAUAUACGAAUUUUCAUUUCUUUCA